AAUCAAGAGAGCGAACCACCAUCAUCACCACCACCACCUUCCCCUGUUCGUCUGUUAUUCUCUCUGCGCCGGAGCUCGUUGUUUCUCUAAGCUGCUCAGAUGGCGCCGAAGAAGGAAAAGGCUCCUCCACCGUCCUCCAAGCCAGCCAAAUCCGGCGGUGGAAAGCAGAAGAAGAAGAAGUGGAGCAAGGGAAAGCAAAAGGAGAAGGUGAACAACAUGGUGUUGUUCGAUAAGGCUACUUAUGACAAACUGCUCUCGGAAGCCCCCAAGUUUAAGCUCAUCACUCCUUCGAUUCUAUCGGAUCGUCUUAGGAUUAAUGGAUCUCUUGCAAGGAAAGCAAUCAAGGAUUUGAUGGCGAGAGGUGCAAUUCGGAUGGUUUCUGCACACGCAAGCCAGCAGAUAUACACCCGGGCUACCAAUACUUGAUUACUGUUUUUGCUAUCAUCAAUUCACAUUUGAGUUAGUUUUAGCUUCAUUUUCCCUCAUCAUAUGCCUUUUUGACUUGCCAAUUUUCUUUCUUUUGAUGAGGAUUUGCUAAUGACUCUUGUUUGGUAUCGAUUUUUUCCGGAUUGUGUU